AUGUCAGAAGAGGACAAGGAGCUUCUGGCGCGCAUCGGCCAGCUCGCUGGCCAGAUCAACCGACACAAGAACCAGCAAGCCGGCUACCAGUCUGUGCCACCAUCGCAUCACCCACAUCGCCAUCGAGGCGCACCAUAUCCCAGCAGAGGGUAUAGCAGCCGGCCAGCCGCCACCCACCGCCACAGGACUCUGCAUCUUAAUGCUUCAGGAUCUGCCUCUGGAUCAGCUUCCAGCUCGGCCGCGCCCAGUCCCGCUCCCACAACCUCGGGCUGGGUAUCCAAAAACGACCGCCACCGCCAACUCAUAAACGCUAGUAUAUACGAAAAGGACAGCCAGAAUCGGGCUAAAGCUAUCGAAGAGACGCGACAGCGAAAUCUCAAAGAGCGACGCCUUCGAGAAAAGAAACGAUUUGGCGACUACCUUCGCCAUCAAGCGGGAGUUGUUGGGGUUGCGGGUACGAGCAUGAGCGCUAACUCGACAGGAUUGAAUGAAAUAUCGGUCAACGGCAUUCGCUUCCGCGUUCUAGACGGAGGAAAGAAGCUUGUAAAAGCUCCUGACGAUCCCGCCUCCCCUGCCAUGACGCCAAAAUUGACAGUCAUUGCUGGUGUCAAGUUCCAUCGUACCAAGACUGGAAACCUUGUCGCACAGAGGAUAGUUAGAGACCAUCGUCGAUCCGGUGCGGUCAAAAAACUCGAUCAACGGUGCAAAAUCUUUUCCACGACCGGUUCUUGUCCGAAAGGCCCAAGCUGCCGAUACAUUCACGACCCUGACAAGGUGGCCCUCUGCAAAGAUUUCUUGAAAGACGGCAAGUGUCCCAAUGGCGAGGCAUGCGACCUCUCCCAUGAGCUUACUCCAGAACGUGUCCCGAACUGCUUGCACUAUGCCAAGGGGCAAUGCUCCCGGCCUGACUGUCCCUUUACUCACUCCAAUGCCUCCCCAAGUGCCCCCGUGUGUGCGGCAUUUGGAUUCUGCGGUUACUGUGACAAGGGUGCAGAUUGCACCGAUCGCCACGUCUUUGAAUGCCCAGACUUCAGCAACACCGGUAUCUGUAAAACCAGGGGAUGUAAGCUGCUCCAUCGUGAGAGGGCAAGCGUCCUCCGCAACCAGGCCAAGCAGCGCGACGAGGCAGAGGACGUCUCGAGCGAAGAUGAAUCGGUUGAUUCAGACGACGUCGACUCGGACGAAGUGGCCGAGUUUCUCGAGGGCGACGAUGAUGACUCUGACUUUGAGAACCCAAAGGACUACCUCCCCCUUUAG